GGACUAACCAACUUGUGUGCUGCCUGUCUCUCAGCUCCGGGUUGCAUCAUGCCUGGGAACUUUGCUCCAAUGAGGGACGCGCUUUGUGCUUUGUUGUGGAGGCAGGGAGAGAGAGACGGGUGCAGCGUUGCCACCAACAGGACGGGAUUAAAAAAAACACACACAGCGAGCAACAUCACCUGCGGAGAGAAAACACCGCUUGUUACACUGGAUUUCCCCCGUGGCUUUGGAAACAGACACCCUCCACGUUGCUGUGCUUUGGUUAUUUAGAAGAAGCGUUGGAUAUAUGGGAGGAAAUCCUUAAGUGUGUCUCGGUGUAUUGUCACAGGGAAAGGGGCGCCCAAAUCUGUCCCUCCUGAGGACGGGACCUUUUUGGAGCUCAAAGCAACAACAAUGGACUGCCUCUCCACUGGGAACUCUCUCCUGGCGCCGAGCUGUACACACACAUGGGACUGUAGCGUGUCAAACAAAGGCGACAUCUGUCUGUUUAGUUGUUAAACAGUGUUUAGUGUGUCGGCGGUAGGAGCCCGUGAUGCCCGCGAGGAACAGGUACAACCUGGUGGACGAUGUGGCGGACUCGAGGGUGCCGCUGCACAAUGAGGAGGCGUACCAGCAUGGGAUUUCUUUCCAAGCCAAGUAUGUGGGGAGUCUGGACGUGCCCAGGCCUAACAGUCGGAUGGAGAUCGUGGCAGCCAUGAGGAGAAUCAGGUAUGAAUUCAAGGCCAAGAGCAUCAAGAAGAAGAAAGUCAGCAUUGUGGUGUCUGUGGACGGAGUGAAGGUGAUUCUGAGGAAGAAACAGAAGAGGAAAGAAUGGACAUGGGAUGAGAGCAAGAUGCUGAUCAUGCAUGAUCCCAUUUACAGGAUUUUCUACGUUUCUCAUGACUCCCAGGACUUAAAGAUCUUCAGCUACAUCGCAAGAGACGGUUCCAAUAAUUCCUUCAGAUGUAAUGUCUUCAAGUCAAAGAAGAAGACACAGGCCAUGCGUAUUGUGCGCACAGUGGGUCAGGCCUUUGAAGUGUGCCAUAAGCUCAGUCUGCAGCAUGCUGAGCAGGAUGCAGACGGACAGGCGGAUGGAGAGAGUGACAAGUCUACAGAGGAAUCCAGCAGCCAUGGUCGUAAGCUGACGGGUGCAGAGCGAGGGGAGGAAGAGGAGGACAGCAAAGUUGCAGGAAGACGAGGAGGGGAAGAUCCUUCAGCUGGCACUUCACUGUGUGAAAAGGCAGUCAGUGAAAUUCUGCAGAGUCUGGCUGAGCUGAACGUGGUCAAACCGGGACAGACCAUAAUGGACUUUGAUCGAAGGUCCCUCUUCACCGUGACGUCCCAAGGCAUUACUCCCAGCAGCCCUUGCUCUCGCUCUCUCACUCCGCUGGCAUCACAGCACUACCUGCAGCUUCUUCAGCAGCAGCUGCAGCAGCAACAGCAGCACACACAAGUGGCCGUAGCACAGGUGCAGCUGUUGAAGGAUCAGAUGGCAGCAGAGACCGCUGCUCGGAUGGAGGCUCAGGCCCGCGUCCACCAGCUGCUGCUGCAGAACAGGGACUUGCUGCAGCACCUGGCCCUGCUCGUGCAGCAGCUGAAAGAGCUGGAGGCCCGCUCCCCGAAAACACAGCCAGGACAGUCACAACAGGAGCCUCAGGCUAAUGGACACAAUGGUCAGCUGUCACCAGCCAGCUCUGUGUCCACAUCAGCAAAGGCUCUGUCUCUGAAUCUGAAGAACCACUACAGCCAGACCCUGGACCAGCUCAUCACCUCCACACCUGCAUGGCCACUCCAAACCUCACCACUCUCCCCCACCCAAGUGGACUGCGCUGAGUCCUACCUGAACCUGCUCAACCUGGAGAACAGCACUGAACCAGGCGCGCAAGUCAACGGAGACCUGGACCCCUUUAUCAGGACCAAUGGGACAGCUGACAGCAAGGAGAGCUCCUGCAAUGAGAUCGUCCCAUUGACGUUACGAAACUCCGCCAACAUGGAUGAAAAGUAUAAACAGAUAAUCCCCAAAAUUGACCCUCCACCCUCCAUGAACCGCAAGCGGGCCAGCAGGACUUUGUCUCCAGGAUCUGAAGUCACAGCUGUGCCCCCACCCGGAGAGGUCACCACUAACGACGGGGCCCCCAGCCGCAGCAGCAGCCUCUCAUUCCCGGACAUCACCCCCAGCUCCUUGUCGUCCGCUGAUUUCCACUCCCUCAGCAACGGCGAGAGCAGCUCCUGCUCGGCCAGCGAGGACUCUGGUGUCCGCUCCGAGACCAAGUCCCUGCUGUCGCCGCUUCGCGAUGACGACGACCUGUUCGGGGACCGCGGGACAUUUUUAACGGCCUCCAGCGGCUGUGACAGUCCCCUGGAGGAGAGAAGUGAAGCAGUGCUCUCUUCCACUGAGUCUGCUGAGCCCCACACCCUCGCCUCACAUCCGGACACCUGUGAGCACCCACUACCCUUCUCCUCUCCUAUGAAUGAGACCUGCCUUCACAUCAGUUUCUCUGAGGACGAGCUGCUGGAGAGCAACCAGGAAGACCCUAAUGUCCCACAGCGGAGUUAGGAGGAUGAGCUCAUGGGCCCUUGGAGACCUUUCACUCUGUCCUCCAAUCAGCUUUUAACGCAAUACUUACUGUCAGACCCUCCUAUGUUUGCACUGGGCUCCAUUUCAGGACUUUUAAUUAUUUCGUCCAGACAUAGCAUAUACCAGUUACUGAUAAAUAAUCUAUUGUAUAAAUUAUUAGCCGAUGGACAGAUUUAGUAUUUUUGUAAUGAAAUUAAUGAUCUAAUUUACUUUUUAGUGACUAGAAUGUUAAACAGAAUAUAUGUAGCAAUUCUUGCACUGUUAAGGUCACACAUAAGUUACCGUAGAAUUCAAAGAAAAUGAGGAUAGACUUUUUAUUUUUGCUAGUAGUCAACCUUAAAACGUUAUUUUGUAUGAUGCUUCGCUGUGGUGCAAACUAUUGUGGGAAAUAUCAUUUUCUGCAGAUUUCACAGGAUGAUCAUGGCGAUCAUGCACAUGCUGGUGAUGUUGGGAAGAGCCUCGCCCUCUGUAAAGCACCUGACUGAAUGAUGGGAAGGAAGGAAAGAACAAGAAAGUCAGAUAAAGGAAAAAGGAAGGAUAGAAGUGAGCAGAUGUAGUUGUGUUAUGGGUUAUGCACACACAUUUGUGGCAGUGUGGUAUGUUUUUUUGUUAUUAGAGAUCAGUGGGUUUUAGAAUGUUUCGUGCUGCUUGUAUUUUGUUUUUUUUUUCAGACUUGCAGGCUUUGAAGCAGUGGGGGAAAAUUUUGUGGAAUAUCCGAAUGGAUUUUGUACGCUGUAUUCGCUGAUUCUGUAUGUAGAGUGGUUGUAAUCCUUCAAAAACACUGAAUUUAAGAUAUUUCAAUUUUGAGAAACAGCACAAGGAGAGAGCAUGCACUCCGAAAAUUGAGCUACUGGCUAUUACAGCCUUGGAUUGCACCUGUCUGAAUAGGGAGAGUGUUAUAACAUGAACCCUCAGACUCAAUGGGGAGAUAAUUGGGGAAUCACAGAGGACGUUGAAGAAAGACAGCCUGCCAAGUGGAUUUUCUCUGUUCUGCCUCUCACUCUGAGAAAUCCUGAUUUACCAGCGUAUCAGUUUCAUUUAGAGCUGUCAGGAUAGAUUAAGCUGACAUUGUAAAUAUAUCUAAACAUUCGGAGCAUUGUUUUAACUUCAUCAGCGUAUAUCAAUAUACUGUACAGCUACAACAAUCAAUCAAUCAAUCAGUUAGUCCAUCAAUUGUUAAAAACAAUUUUAACAAUCAUUUAAUAAUUUGAAAUAGAUUUAAGGCAGAAAUGACAAAAAAAGGUUUCAGCUUCUUAAAUGUAAAUAUUUGGUAAAUAUUUACUGGAUUUUCGGAUAUUCAGUGAAUAUCUUUGGCUUUUGUCCUGAGAUUUCUGACAUUUUAUAGAUUAAGUGAUGAGUAAUCCCAGAAAAUAAUGGUAGAUAAUAAGAGCAAGCAUUUGUUGCAUGUAGCUGUUUCUUUUUUUACGUGCAUGUGGCCAGAUUUUACUGCUUUAUUGUUAGGGGUGUCCCCGACUAAGUAUUUACGUAGUCGAAUCUGAUUUAUAAAAUGUUGCUUAUCCUCAUCUGAUAGUCGAAUCAUGUUGUUUUAUUAUGCACAAGUUUUCAGGAUGUCCAUCCAUACGUCCAUCCCAUUCUUGGGAACGUAAUAUCUCAAGCAUGCCUUCAUGGAAUUUCUUCAAAAUUGGCCAAACGUUAAACUGAUUAGCUGUUGUUAAGGUCACUGUGACCUUGCGUGUGUCUCAUUCUUUGGAGCAUAAUAUUUUAAAAAGGCUUUGAGGGAAUUUCCUCAAAUUUGGCAUAAUCGCCCAUUUGGACAUAAGAAUGAACUUAUUAGAUUUUGGUAGUCAAAGGUCAAGGUCACUGUGACCUUGCAUUCAUCUCAUUCUCAUUAACCUGAUAUCUCAAGAAGGCCUGAUUUUGAUUGAUUUCUUCAAUUUUAGCUCAAACAUUCACUUGGACUCAAGAUUGAACUAUUAGAUUUUGGUGUUCAAAGGUCAAAGGCCGUUGUGACAUGAUGUUCUGUAUAAACAUUUCUGGAACUGGUGACAAAUCUUCGGUGUCCACCUUGAAACUAUGUUGAUUGUAUAGAUCUCUUGUGCUGCAGUGUUUAACAUGUAUGUGAAGCAUCCACGUUUUAGGAUUUGUAGCUUGUUUGCAGCAGCAUCCAUAUUUAAGGAUUGUCAUCUGUCAUGGCUAAAUAUGAGUCUGGGCAGACAUGGAUGUUUACUGCAACUUGAGUGGUUCGCUGAGGCAUAAAACUGUGAGACAGUAAUUCGAGUUUUAUUUUAGUUUUGCUCGUUGAUGCAGAUUUCUUUUUGCGACAUUAGUUUCCAUUUUUACACACCAAACAAAUGAGCUGAAACAUCCAAGUAAACAAUUUCAAGAAUUUGUUGUAUAAUAGAACGUCUUCCAUCCAGCUCAGGGUCACCCCUAGUUAUAGUACAAGUGUUUUAUUCAGUUGAGCGCAGGUGUAACCUUCGACAAGUUGCAGUGAUACUAAAAGGACGCGAGAGGAAAAGAAGCCGAGGUGUGAGAAGAGAGGUGGUGUAAAGGUGCAGGUGUAAAAUGGCCACAGGCGAAGCUUUUAACACCCAGAAAAGAGGCUUUUCUCAACAUCACCUGGGGCUGGAAGCUGUAACAGCAAUAACACGUGGAAGAAAAAAUAAUAAAGAGGAAUAGUCGAAGAACUUAAGUACUCACUUGUGUUUUUUUUCCCCCCACAUUUUUUUAUCCAAGUUAUUGUCUGUGUAGGUACAGUGUUCAAAGGAACCUCUGCUCACUCACUUUACUGUUUAAAUCCACUGUCAUUGGAUGUUUGUUAUUUUUUACCUGCUGGAUUCUUUUUUU